UUCCUCCCUUCGUCCCAAAAACUUUCCCCAAGGGCAGAAGCGGAAGUGGCCUCCCUUACUGCGGCGAGCUCGCCGUCGCGCUGCCUUAAAGGGCGCCGGCGGCGCCCGUCGCGGCUUCAUUUUCGCACGCUGACGUCGUCGGCAUGGCCGCGAUCACCUGCCGGGUCCAGUUCCUGAUGGACCAGGAUCCUUUCGUCUGUACCAACUUUCCGGAACCCCGGCGGCCUCCGUCCUUCGAAGUGGACCAGAACGCGCCGCUCAGCCAACUUCUUCCGCUCGUGCACAAACUCCUGGACGCGCCCCUCAAGCUGGAGGAGUCCACGCUGCAGGUGUGUCCUCAGGGGAACUACUUGGACUUGGACUCGUCUCUGGCGGAGCAGCGCGACGAGCUGGAAGCCUUCUACCGGGACGUCGCGAACGGGAAGAAACCGAUCCUGAUCCUGAGGACGCAGUUGUCUGUGCGGGUCCACGCCAUCCUGGAGAAGCUGUACAACAGUCGAGGUCCGGAGCUGCGUCGCUCGCUCUUCUCGCUCAAGCAGCUCUUCCAGGACGACAAGGACCUGGUUCCGGAGUUCGUGGCGUCCGAGGGUUUGACGUGUUUGGUCAAAGUGGGAGCUGAGGCCGACCACAACUACCAGAAUUACAUCCUCAGAGCUCUGAGUCAGAUCAUGCUGUUCGUGGACGGCAUGGACGGCGUCGUCAACCACGGCGAGACGCUGGAGUGGCUCUACGCCUUAACGGGAAGUCAGUCUCGCCUGCUGGCCAAAACGUCCCUGAAGCUCCUCAUCGUCUUCGUGGAGUACAAAGAAUCCAACAGCCCCGUCCUCAUCGACGCCGUCAACGCCGUGGACGCCCGGAGAGGCGUCAAGCCGUGGUCCUACGUGAUGGACGUCCUCCACGAGAAGAGCGGCAGUGACUGCGAGCUGCUGGUGUUCGCCAUGACCUUGGUCAACAAAACGCUGGCGGCGCUUCCUGACCAGGAUUCUUUUUACGACGUGACCGACUGUCUGGAGAGUCUGGACAUGGAGGACGUGGUCCGCAGGAACCUGACCGACCCGGCCGGCGAAGCGGACCUGCGGGCGCAGUUCGCCGUAUACGAGACGGCGUUGCGUCACGAGGACGGCGACGUCCUGGAGCCGUCGCCUCACGUGCGCAAAGAACGGCGCAAGAUGGCCGCCGGCGAGCAGGAAGGCCGCAGGGCUCGGCGCUCGUCCAAUCAGAACGUCCCCGACCCGCCGGCUUCCUCGGCCGGGUCUCCGUCCGUCGGCAGCCCCUCCCUCUCGGCCUCGGACCCGAGCAGCGCCGCCUCCAGCCCCUCGGGGUCGCUCGGGGGCUCUCCGAGCCCUUUGCCUCUUUCUCUCUCGCCGCCGGUCCCCCCCCAGGAAGACAACGACGACGACGACGUCGAGAGGCCGCCGGCUAGCCCGAGUCGCUCUUUCCUCAGCCGCCACAUGUCAUCUUUGGGUCCGAGCAGGAAGUCCAGGACCUUCUCCAAGGCCGGCGGGGCCGAAGGCCGGGACGCGGCGCCUUCCUCUCGGGACACGCCCACUUCCCCCAGGUCUGCACGCGCGCACGUUUGCGUGCGCGUCUUGUCGACUUUGUGUGUUUAUUUCGGCAGGUCGCCGUCAGAUGCCGCCGGCGUCGACAGGACGUCUUCCAAAGACAACUUCCUGCGCAGUUUGGCCGCCGCCCAAUGGGAGAAAAGGAGGCGGAGUCAGCAAUGGAGUCGAUCCGAGCAGUCUUCGUCCGAUGGUGUCGUGACCCCGAGACCGACCGCGCCGGGGGAGGAUGACGGGACGGGAGGACUUCCUGCCAAUGGCGGCCUCCAGCGUCAAGUGAGCGCGCUGUCCAACGACAGGAAGUUCCUUAUGGACAUGCUCUUCUCCAAGGCCUCGGCCCCGCCCCCCGACGACGACCCUUUCCUGCCCGGUGACGGCGUUUCGCGGGGGGGGCGGGUGCUGGAGCGCCUGUCCAGCCUCCGGGCGCGCUCAGCGGAAUCUGCCGGGCCCGGCGAGAGCGGCGCCUCCCGCAGGGCGGAGCUGGAAGGCCUGGAAGGCUCCGCCCAGGUGGCGCUGGCCAGACUGGCGGAGGAGCAACAGGGUCGCGUGCGUGUGUGCGUUCAGAAGAGUUACGUGCGUCAGCAGAGCAGCGUGGACGCGGAGGGUCCCGCCCGCCGCCUGGAAAGCACUCAGAUGACUCCGCUGGGUCCCGGCGGUCCGGGGGCCACGUGGGACCACCUUCAGCUGAGCGGCGCCAGCCUACGCAUCAAAGACUUGGACUUCUCGGAUCUGUUGGACGAGGAGGACGUUGACGUUCUGGACAUGGACACCUCGGACUCCGCCUCUUGCGUUGUUUCUGCGGCGCCCCCCUUAGGAGGGCCGCCUCCCCUCCCUGGCGGUCCGGCUCCUCCUCCUCCUCCGCCGCCGCUCCCCGGGGGUCCGGCUCCUCCGGCACCGCCGCCCCUCCCCGGCGCUCCGGUGCCCCCCGCUCCACCUUUGUCCGGUUCGGCGUCACCGUUGGGGAAGAAGAAGAAGACGGUGAAGUUGUUCUGGCGCGAACUGAAGCAGACGGAGGCGCCCGCCAAGUGCCGCUUUGGCCGGGGCACCGUGUGGGCGUCUCUCGACAAGGUUCAAGUGGACACGGGGCGCCUCGAGCACCUGUUUGAGUCCAAAGCCAAAGAGGUGGCCAUCGCCAAGAAAGCGGCGGAGACCAAGAAGUCUGAGAUCUCGGUCCUGGACCCCAAGAGGAGCAACGCCAUCAACAUCGGGAUGACGGUCCUGCCCGCCGUUCACGUCAUCAAGACGGCCAUCCUCAAUUUUGACGAGUUUGCCAUCAGCAAGGAGGGCAUCGAAAAGAUCCUGACCAUGACGCCCAGCGAGGAGGAGAAGCAGAAGAUCCAAGAGGCCCGGUCGGCCAAUCCGGAGGUUCCGCUGGGGACGGCCGAGCAGUUCCUCUUCAGCCUGGCCUCCGUCGGGGCCUUGACCCCCCGCUUGCAGCUCUGGUCCUUCAAGCUCAACUACGAGUCGCUGGAGAAGGAGAUCGCCGAGCCGCUCUUCGACCUGAAGCUGGCCAUGGAGCAGCUGGCGGCCAACCGGACCUUCCGGAGGAUCCUGGCCACGCUGCUCGCCAUCGGGAACUUCCUCAACGGCUCCGACGCCGCGGGUUUCGAGCUGGCCUACCUGGAGAAGGUGGUGGAGGUGAAGGACACGGUCCACAGGCAGACUUUGCUCCAUCACGCCUGCAACCUGAUCACGGAAAACGACCCGCAAUCCUCCGACGUCUACUCGGAGAUCCCCGCCGUCGCUCGUUCGGCCAAGGUGGACUUCGAGCUUCUGGCCGAGAAUCUGGUUCAGCUGGAGAGACGCUGCAAAGCGUCCUGGGAAAACCUGAAGGUGGUGUCCAAGCACGAGACCAAAACCAACCUGAAGAACAAGAUGGCCGACUUCCUGAAGGACUGCACGCAGAGGAUCGUCAUCCUCAAGGUCGUCCACAGGAGAGUCAUCAACAGGUUCCACUCCUUCCUGCUUUUCCUGGGUCAGCCGGCGUCGUCGGUGCGCGACACCAAGGUGACCUGGUUCUGCCGCAUCAUCAGCGAGUUUUCGCUGGAGUACCGCACCACGCGAGAGAGGGUCCUAACGCUAAAACGCAAGAGAGACCAGCACAGGGAGAGGACCAAAACGCGAGGGAAGAUGAUCACCGAGGUGAACGCGCUGAACCCCGGCCCCGGAGGCGGAGCCCGAGCGGGAGGCGGAGCACCGGCAAAUGGCGCACAUGCUGACCGAAGAUCAGCGAGCGCCGAGACGCUCGCGCGCCGCCCGAAGUUCCGCGGGCCCGGUUCCGGGACACGAGAGUCCGUUCUCUCAGUCGUCGUCGCCUCAAGAGGAAGACGCCGCAGACGACAUCAUGGAGCGUCUGGUCAAGUCGGUCACCAGGAACCCCGAGGCCAGGACGUCCAGUCCCAAAACCCGAAGGCGGUCCCGAGUCGACAGGAAGUCCAUGAGGAGGACUCUGAAGACCGGCGUCAGCGUCGACGUGCUCCGCCAUUUGGGACUCAAGAGCGCCGCCCAAGACGUCUGAUGAGCGACCGCAAGAAAAUGCUCGUCAUGGAGUCGGCACCUUUUUUUUUUUUUUACACCGAAAAACCAUUUUCACUUAAGCAUCAAAGAGAAACUUGAACCUGAGUUGUUGGGGGUUUUUUUUGGUUUUUUUUUUGGGGGGGGGGUGAACUUGAAUGCUUUUUAAAAAGUCACAAGGAAAAGUUCACUUUUUUUUUUUUUUUUUUGGUCACUUUCUGGUCCUGAGCACAUCUUCAAAAAUGUUUCCACUCACUUCAUUAAUGUUGCACACACUUUAACUUUUUUUUUUUUUUUAAAUUCCUGUUUUUCCCACCAUGCCGGGAAUGAUAAAAUAAUGGAGGGGCAGGUUUUAAUAUUUGUAACUUAAAUCCAAGUUUGUUGUAUGUUGUUUACUGGGUGAACGUACAAUAUAAUAAAUGAAUUUUCAAUCGA